CUUGUCUGAAGUACGAGAAAAGCUCACCAGCUUGAAUGGUGAUAUGGUGGAACUCGAUCGUUACAAGGAACAGCAAUCUCUGCUUAUAAAGCAAAUUACAGAACAUGCAGAAUUGUGCGAAAAGUGGGCAACCUCUCAAGCACGAGAUAGGUCAGAACAGCUUGAAGAUGCAAGGAGAGAUAGAAAAAGAGCUAUAAUCGAUAAAUUGACCGAACUAGGCUGGGGAGAAGAAAUUGCCCAAAUUCCCUACCGAGAUGACCUCUCUCACCAUAAAUUAGUCAAACAACCGACGCGUCUCACGACACGCAUUUGGACUAAUGUUCGGGACGAACUUAUCAAGUACAUGGAAACCAUGAAAGCUAACCGUCUCGAACGUGAACGGAAGGAUCUCAUUAUAUCCAGGAAACGGAUUGCGGUUAAUGUCCUUCGGCGAUACAAAAUCUCACGUCUACCGAUGGUUGAUGUUAUGCCGGAACCUACAGAUUUCUGCGAAUUUGCAGCUGUGCAGGAAGUGCUAGAAAUGCCCACGGAAGUCUCUGUCACCGAAGAGAGCUUUGGUGACGUGCUUUCUAAUCUGGAUACUAUCAUCGAAGAUUGGCGUGAACAGAUACACAAAGAAUUCGCCAAGAAAUACAAACAGUGUUUAGAGGAUAAUUCGAGGACUAAUAGCCUUACUGACGAUGAUGGAGGCAUGCUAGAUCUUCCACCGAGUCUUUUCCAAGUCGGAACAAGCCAAGACAAAGGAAAGGGGAAGGGAAAAGAAUUGGAUUUGGACGAACCUAUCGAUUCUGUUGUGGCUCAACAAAUCAGGCUUGCAACUACUGUAUUCAAAUGCAAAGAAUGCAACCCUUCUCGCUCCUUUGCAAUGUUCGACCCCUACGAUGAUGACGACGACUUCUUUGAUAUUGCUUACUGCUUAUCCCGCUUACGCCAUCCUCGCCGUUCGGAUAAAUCAAAUCCGCUUUUUUACCCUAAAGUUAUGGGUCAUCGAUGCUUUACAAAACAGCGAGGGUACAUGUUUAGUUAUCCUAUUUCGGACCCCACUAGACACCUAGAGUCUCCUAUGGGAAGCCGCACUCCUUGGAAUUGUCAGACUUUGGAGGUAGACAACAUAGCUGGUGAAGUCGUGAAAGAUAUUGUACAGACAUGUGGCUUAGAUCCGGAGAAGACAACAUCGACACAAAUGGAUGAGCUAAACCCAAGGCUGGCUUGCACGGCAUGCUUGAGUU